AUGGCCAUGUCGGACUUAGGCUUUCGAUCGAUCACUACUGCAUUGCAAGACGACCAGCCCCUCGACCUCGUCAACCUCCAGGACUUCGACUUUGACUUGUUCACAUCGGAAGACAGCGCUCAGUCUCAGUCGCUCUACACACUCGCUCCCGACUUCGCCCUCCACUACAAAACUCCUGCGGCGGCCUCACCCAUAGCCACACCCCGGAGGCCUCGCACCACCAACUUCCUGGCGCUCCCCUCCUCGUCGACACCCACCACGACAUUCGACGAAACCUCCCUCAGCAUCAACAAUCUUCCUGAUCUGAUGCCGUCGGAAACAUCAUGGGCCUUGGGCAACCAGUACACGUCCAGGCCCAUGGGCCGCCUCCCCCACCAGCGUGAAUCGUCGUUGUCUUCACUAGGCUCCGCCGGCCCUGCGUCCCCUUACAACCACAGCACGUCCAACCCGCAGAUCGCCAUUACCGAUUCAGCAAAUGACCACUACAACGAUGCCCAGGCACAUGACGGAGGUGCUCAGUACUACCAGUUGAGCAAAGCCAUGAACGGUACUCAGGAAGGUGGCUUGUACUCCAGCUAUCAUGCAUUUGGCGGAAUGGACCACUCCGACAUGGGGUAUCCAGUCGCUAUUGCAAUGCAACGGCCGCGGACGGAUAAGUCAUUACUUCCAGCGCCGGAAUUUCCCGUGCAUUCAAGAUCUCAUCCGACUUCUGUGGCAAGUUCAACGGCGGGCGGUGAUUCACCAGCUACACCCACGACGGGCGAACCUGACGACGACCGAAGACGACGAACUGGUAAGUGGUACAUGUGGCAACAGGGAAUGCACUCGAAUACUCACACGUCACCCGCAGUUCUCCCGGAACCGCCCAAGCUAGAUCGCACCAUGACAGAUGUUUACAGCGAUGAGCUCUACAGUCCCAGUUUCAACAUUGUAUCCGCGUCUUCGCCCCAGAGCCAGCUGGCCGUGUCACCCAACAAUGAUCUAUUCACACAGCGGCUGCAGGCAGCCAAUAGCCAACACCUGAAUGCUGUUCACUCUCCCACCUCAUAG